GGAUGGCUAGCAGGAAGGCUGGGACUCGGAGCAAGGCCGCGGCCACCAAGCAGGCCCAAAGGGGCUCUUCAAAUGUCUUUUCCAUGUUUGAACAAGCCCAGAUCCAGGAGUUCAAGGAAGCCUUCAGCUGUAUCGACCAGAACCGGGAUGGCAUCAUCUGCAAGUCAGACCUGAAGGAGACCUACUCCCAGCUUGGGAAGGUGAGUGUCCCGGAUGAGGAGCUAGAUGCCAUGCUGCAGGAAGGGAAGGGCCCCAUCAACUUCACCGUCUUCCUCACACUCUUUGGGGAAAAGCUCAAUGGCACAGACCCUGAAGAAGCCAUCCUGAGUGCCUUCCGCAUGUUCGACCCCAGCGGCCAAGGGGUGGUGAACAAGGAUGAGUUCAAGCAGCUUCUCCUAACCCAGGCAGACAAGUUCUCUCCAGCCGAGGUGGAGCAGAUGUUUGCCCUGACCCCUAUGGACCCAGCUGGCAACAUUGACUACAAAUCCCUGUGCUACAUCAUCACUCAUGGGGAUGAGAAAGAAGAGUAGUGGGCAGGAAGGGGAAACCUCAAUAAAUUCUGCUGCCAAAUUAGAACUG